AUGGAAGGUCCUGUGUACACUGAGAUGGUCAACAACCUGCUCCGGCCGCUGGUGGAGGCUAAAGACUGCCAGCUCAUCCGGCAGAAUGUGUUCCACGCUCUGCCCAACACGGCAAACACGCUAAUCGGCCGCGCCGCGCACAUCGCUGUGCUGGACUCGGAGCUCUUCCUGGAGAAGUUCUUCUUAGUCGCGGGCCUCAACUACUUUAAAUAG